CCCGGCGGAGGAUCGCAGGGGGCAGGGCCGAGACAGCGAGGAGGGGGCACGGGGGAAAGCGGGAGCGAUAAAAGGAAGCAAGGCUGCCCCACCCCGCCGCAGGCCAGCGGGCAGACUCUCCUCUGCCCCUUCCGUCCGGCCUGUGCCGGCAGCGGCGGGGAGGCGCGCGGCCCGCUGCCAGCCCAUGGAGGCUUUCCCUUGGGCGCCACGCUCGCCUCGCCGCGCCCGCGCGCCCGCGCCUAUGGCGCUCGUGCCCAGCGCCCGCUACGUGAGCGCCCCGGGCCCGGUGCACCCGCAGCCCUUCAGCUUCUGGAACGACUACCUGGGGCUAGCCACGCUCAUUACCAGGGCUAGCGACCGCGGCUCCCCGCACGAGGGGCCCGGGCCCACAGCGGCGGGACCUACGCUGGGGCCGCCCGAGGACGACGAGGAUGACGACGGCGAUGAUCCGGGGGCCGGGGACCGCUACCUGGGAGGCGCGUUGGAACUGCGCGCGCUGGAGCUGUGCGCCGGCCCCUCCGAGGCCGGGCUGAUGGAGGAGCGCUUCGCAGAGCUGAACCCAUUCGCAGGGCGCGCCACCGCCGUGCUGUUGGGCUGCGCGCCCCCCGCCGCCGCCGCCGCCUCCACGACCGAAGUGACGCCGCGCGAGGAGCCGAGCCCUGCGUGGGCUGCCGAGCCUCGUCUGCACGCGGCCUCCGCGACAACCACCGCGCGUUUGAUGAAACCCGAGCUGCAGGUGUGUGUGUUCUGCCGGAACAACAAGGAGGCGGUGGCACUCUACACCACGCACAUCCUUAAGGGCCCCGACGGCCGGGUACUGUGCCCGGUCCUGCGCCGCUACACGUGCCCCCUGUGCGGCGCCAGCGGCGACAACGCACACACCAUCAAGUAUUGCCCGCUCUCCAAAGUGCCGCCGCCCGCCGCCCGCCCGCCGCCGCCGCGCAGCACCAGGGACAGUCUGUCCAGCAAGAAGCUGCGCUAGGAGCAGGCUGCGCCUGGUUUCGGACACCGGCAGGCAUGGUCGCGCUCCUCUCCCCAGUGGAGAUGGUCUUGGGGAAGCCAGAGGGGGCGCAGCACUUUCCUAUGGAGUGGUCGGGUCUCUGACGUUGAAAUCUUGAAUUUUGUCUCUAGUUUCUAAAGCGCACAUCCAGAACGAUGAGGGCUGAGCGGGUGUGCCACUGGCUAGUGUGGUGAAUGAGGCGCUGUUU